CUUGUGGCUGGGCGAGCAGAUAGCCCGUCGAGAGGAGCUGCUCGAGGAGUGGUAUCAGUACUCGACAAAGUGUCUGUCUCUAGAACUGUCCGAGUCUAGGGGGGCGGUUCCCUCUCAACCUGCUCCUCCCAGCCACCAAGAUCCGAGUCGCCCGAGCACACCACAGAGCACCGACCAGGUUGCCAGAACGACUCAGGACAAGGAGCCACCGGAGCCAACUCAAGCGCCGCCGCAGGUCCAACAGGGAGCACAGCUGUAGCUGCCGACAGCGUCAGACCAAAGGCAGCGGAGGUUGCGGACGUGGACUUGUCCACAACGCUCGAUGUGCCCAAUGGAUCGGAUGAAAUGGGAGGACAGUCAGUGCAGGCCAAAGAAGAUGAUAUUAGGAAAGGGAGUGCUAGUGCUACGUCGCCAGUCAAAGAUCCAGCAGUGCGGCAGGCUUCACAGGAAGUGCGAAGCGCUGCCAUACAUAGCAAUGUGUCACAAGUGGAAGAUGACAAUUUCUGCAUUGGCUCGCGAAUGGCCCAAGUCCAGACACACCCACCCAGUGUGCGCUAUGGUACUGUGCGUUAUCGUGGACGUGUGGCGAAGAAAGAGGGCAGCUGGCUCGGCAUUGAGUGGGACGACCCUCUUCGAGGUAAACACGAUGGUCAACAUGAGGGUACGCGCUACUUCACUUGCUCUCGGCCUGGUCGUGUCGCGAGUUUCAUCAGGCCGCCAUCCGGUCUUUCUGCAACCCUCUUCAUAGGAGGCGUGGCCUUCCUUGAAGCUCUUGAGGCGAGGUACACGCAUCGCACGGAAGAACAGGUUGCGAGUGGAGAUGAUGCCGUCCCUUCGCGCCACACUCGAAAGACUGUCGCCGACAUCGACAUUGAGGUGCCAAACCUGGACAAAGUGAUCAACAAGGUCACGCAGCUAACAAGCUUAAAGACUGUCUCCUUGACUGGCCCUCCAGAGCACAAGGGGCCCGAGAAUGCACACGCCGUCUUGCCUGUAUCAAGCCGAAUAGAGGCGCUGAAGACGCUUAUAGGCAGAGUCGGCACUGGACCUAGUCUGAGCCUAAACGCUCGCCUUAUCGGCGGAACUAUACCGAACGUCAAUCACUUGGACCUGUCUCAAUCUCUCGUCUCUUCGUGGACAUCGAUCGCGUCGAUAACACGCCAUCUUGCCCACCUGCGGACGCUACGUCUCGACUUCAACCGGCUUCCUGCUCCAGGGUCGGAAGAGGAUCCCGGGCGCGAUAUGGUGGACACCUUGGCGCAUUCCGAAGGGUUCCAGCGACUCAAAGAGCUCAGUUUGAACGGGACACGAAUAGACUGGCCACACGUCUGCCGCCUAGCUCGACAUCUGCCUUCGCUGGAGGUUCUAGAGUUGAAUAGAAACUGUCUUGCUGGCAUCGAGAGCACUGUAGCCACUCAAGCACCUUCUCCACCCAUCUUCGGAUCUCUGCAAGAGCUGGAUCUCUCGAACAACGAAAUAGCGGAUUGGCAGAGCGUUGCCAUGGCCCUAUGUGAGCUCCCAGAGCUGGCCAAGUUGAACCUCGCCAAUAACAAGCUCGCCGUCAUACCUGCGCCAGACUGCACGCGCCGGGAGGAGAGAUUCCGGAGACUGGCCUCAAUCAACCUUUCUGGAAAUCCUCUCUUAAACCUACGAGGACCCGAUGACCUGCUCAUCGAGCUCGAUGUGGUCUGGACAUCGAUCUACGCCCUCGAUCUCUGGUUUACUCACGGCGAGCGUGACGACCCGGGUGUGCGAGUACUGAAAGCUUCUCCAGCGCAAUCUAACGAAGAGGCAGAGCUCGCUCAGUCAGACAAUCCCGAGCAGCUCUCUCCCAUUCAGCAAGAGCUGCAAAAGUGGAGCAUGAAUCUCAUCGCAAGGUUGCCACAUCUGAUGACUCUCAAUGGCACCGAUAUCUCCCCUCGUCAACGGAGAGACGCUGAGGACCAGUGGCUGAGCACUCUAGAGAGACGCCUUGAAAGCGCGGAAAGGAAUGUGAAGACACCCCAUGGGGAAGCUCUGGACAUCCUGACCAGAUCGCUCGAAAACAGAGAACCGCGCUGGCGGCCUCUCAGAGCCGCCCGUGGCUUACCCACUUUGGUCGAUGCUCUGCAAGCAUCUGAACAGCCAAUCGCAAACACGAUCAAAGCCAAUCUUAUCAAUCUCACGCUGCGCAUCAGCUCAGUGGCGCCAUCAGCGCCACUUGUCACCUCACCAUCAGAGCGCACUGUCACUGCCUUCAGUGUUCUACCUUCGCAAACACUGAAGGCGGUGCGACCUCGUGUUCUCAAGGCUCUGAAGAUUAAGCCGUCCGUUCUCAAUCGUGCAAAAGCCAAUCGGGAUCCAGAUGGAGAGGGCCAAGUCAGAUGGUACGGCGUUAUCCGGAAUGGCUCAGGCACCAAUCCAGUAGUAUUCGAGCUAGAUGACGACAUGCGGGAGCUCGCCUGGUGGGGAUUCACGGGCACGAGGGAGACUGGUCCUGAUGCGGCCACUGGGUCAUCUCAGCUUGCAGAUGAGAUCUGGCUCUGUCUUCCUGAAGCGGGAUUCAAUUUGUAGGCUUAGUCACAUUCAAUACCAUUACCUGCAGAGGCAGUUGAGACACGCGA